UGGGCACAGAAGCAGUCCCGUGUCACCAUUGGAUGAAAGCCUCCCACUACCCGGCCCCUCGUUCAGGUGACUUAUCCAACAAACCGCCCACUUCGGAUGCUGAGCUUGUGACUUGGCAACGGACUGGUUAACCGGCCGAAGACCGAAGUCACGACGGCAAGAAAAAUAGAGUUCUCAUUCAACACUGCCCACACACUGUCUAUAAUAGUCAGGCUAGUGCUACAAGGUCCGUCUUUAUAUUUUGCGGUUGACAGCAGGCCGUUUCGGUUCGGAAAUUACAAACACGAAACAGAAAAGCUCACAGGACAAGGAGACGAGAGAGGUGCGUGACAGCAGAGAGUGAGAGAUCCUAGCCUACACAGUUGCUACUAAGUCUGACAUCAUCACCAAGAGGUCGGAAUCACUUGAAUGCGAAGAUGACAGACGCGGUCGUGGACGGUAAAUUGGAGGCGGUGAAACAGGCUACUAAAUAUGUCAAAGAGACCGAGAACGUCGCGGAAAAAUAUUCUGCGAUGACCGUUAGCAAGAACAGCGACAUGAACAUGAACGUGGGUGAAUUGCAGUCCGCAGCAUUUACUGCUGUGCCAACUCUCAAACCCAUCAAGAAGAUCCAGUUUGCUAACGCGGAGGAUAAACAGGAGUUUCAGAAGUACCCCACUAAGGCUGGCCGGCGCUCCCUCUCUCGCUCCAUCUCCCAGUCCUCCACAGAUAGCUACAGCUCGGCUGCAUCCUACUCAGACAGCUCAGAUGACGAGACCUCUCCUCGGGACAAGGCCCAGGCCAACUCCAAGGGCAGCAGCGACUUCUGCGUUAAGAACGUCAAACAGGCAGAGUUCGGCAGACGGGAGAUCGAGAUCGCAGAACAAGAUAUGUCAGCCCUGAUCUCCCUGAGGAAGAGAGCCCAGGCUGAGAAGCCUCUAGCUGGGGCAAAGAUAGUGGGCUGCACCCAUAUCACAGCUCAGACUGCAGUUCUGAUAGAGACCCUGGUAGCUCUUGGAGCUCAGUGUCGUUGGACAGCCUGUAACAUCUACUCUACUCAGAACGAGGUGGCGGCUGCCCUGGCAGAGACUGGGGUGCCUGUGUUUGCAUGGAAGGGCGAGUCAGAGGAUGAUUUUUGGUGGUGCAUCGACCGCUGUGUCAACAAAGAAGGCUGGCAGGCCAACAUGAUUCUGGAUGACGGAGGGGAUCUGACCCACUGGGUUUAUAAGAAGUACCCCAGCGUGUUCAAGAAGGCUCAGGGCAUCGUGGAGGAGAGUGUCACUGGAGUCCACAGGUUGUACCAGCUGUCCAAGGCAGGCAAGCUGUGUGUCCCGGCCAUGAAUGUGAACGACUCGGUUACCAAGCAGAAGUUUGACAACCUCUACUGCUGCAGAGAGUCCAUCCUGGACGGUUUGAAGAGGACCACUGAUGUGAUGUUUGGAGGGAAACAGGUGGUUGUGUGUGGUUACGGAGAGGUGGGUAAGGGUUGCUGUUCUGCUCUGAAGGCUAUGGGAGCUAUCGUCUGCAUCACAGAGAUAGACCCCAUCUGUGCCCUGCAGGGCUGCAUGGAUGGGUUCAGGGUGGUCAAGCUGAAUGAAGUCAUUCGUCAGAUGGAUAUUGUGAUAACCUGCACAGGCAAUAAGAACGUGGUGACCAGAGACCAGCUGGAUCGGAUUAAGAACGGAUGUAUAGUCUGCAACAUGGGACAUUCCAAUACUGAGAUUGAUGUGGCCAGCCUGCGGAGCCCGGAGCUCACCUGGGAAAGGGUGCGUUCUCAGGUGGACCAUGUGAUCUGGCCCGAUGGCAAGAGGGUCAUUCUGCUGGCUGAGGGUCGUCUGUUGAAUCUGAGCUGUUCCACAGUCCCCACGUUUGUUCUGUCCAUCACAGCUACUACUCAGGCCCUGGCUCUGAUUGAGCUGUUCAAUGCUCCUGAGGGACGCUACAAACAGGACGUCUAUCUGCUGCCUAAGAAAAUGGAUGAGUACGUGGCCAGCUUGCACAUGCCCAACUUUGACGCCCACCUGACAGAGCUGUCUGACGAGCAGGCCAAAUACAUGGGCCUGAACAAGAAUGGACCCUUCAAACCCAACUACUACAGGUAUUAAUGGAAAUGGCCAACGGCGGUGACCUGCAAGCAACAACAUAUGGGAUAAGUGAAUAUAAUAUCUCUAUUUUAUUUGAUAAGUUAUUAAAAAAAGGGAAGAAUAAUAAUAAUUUUGCUUUUGCUGAAUGUAAAUGUUAUUAUUAACAUUGUCACGCAUAAUAAUAUUGAUUAUAUUGAUUAUAUCUAACUUGUCUGUCAGGUGCAUGAAUCUAACCAUGCAUAUCAAACAGCAGAGUCCAAGUACAUGUUCCAAAUGGCACCCUAUUUCAUUUGUAGUGCACUACUUUUGACCAGAGCCUAUGGGUAGUAGUGCACGACAUAGGGAAUAGGGUGCCAUUUGGGACUUAGGCCAAGAGAAGUAACCAUUAAAAAUGUUAGUCAUAUAAUUUUAGUCUGCUGGCUAUGCUUUAAUCUCUUGAAGUAUCAAUUUAGUCACAAUCACAAUGUUCAUUAAUGUCAAUAUGUCACUGUUACUGUGUACACACACACUGACAUUUUAAAUUAAGUACAUUCCAUGAGCCAGAAUUGUGUUUGUGAUCCUAACUGGACUGUUUUAAUGUCUGGUGAAGCAUUGAAGAAGCUACGUGUCAUUAAGCUGAGAGUCGAUGUGUCUUCACAGCCACUUGCUAUCAGUUCAUCUCAAUGUUAAGUUUCAUUCGUGGCUAUUUGUUAUGUUUGAAAUUCUACUCUAUUUUAUAGAUUUAAAAGCACAGUUUGUCCAAGUUGAUUUGUAAAGUCUCUCAUAGAAACUGUUCUGUUGUCGCUAAAUGGUUCUGUUGAUUUUUAAGUCGUAUGUUGACAAGACAUGCCUUGUGGUGAUUUCUGCUUUCACUUGCUUAUGUUGAUCAUCUAAAUGAUUUAUACUUGUGAUUGUUGUAACUGGAUGUAUGAUAUAGCAGCAAUAAGCUCAUCCUAUAAUUAAUAAACAGAAAUAUACGUUUAA